AUGUGGGUGUGGUUUAAGAAGCUACUACUUCAAUGCUCGACGCACAGACUUCCCAACAAUGUGACUCUACAAUACUUCUAUCAUAGUCUUGACUCGGUAAACAAAGGAGUAGCUGAUCAAUUGGUUCAAAGUGGAAUAAUGUUGCAAUCAUUUGAGCUGCUACAAAAACAAGUGUUAGAAAAAGUGGACAAACCCAAAGAAACAAGGGGAGUAUUCAGAGCUGAAGAGGGUUCUUUUUCAGGCUACUUAAAGCUGGGGGAGAAUGAAGGUUGGAACUUUCACAGAGUUGAUGAGAGUUUCUACCCAAGCUACUUGGGGGAAAAUAACACCUUACCCCUGAUCAUUGCUGCUGACUUGCUUGAGUGGCAAACAAAGGUGCUUCUUGAAGUGUUGAGAAGAUACAUCAAAGCUAUUAGAUGUACUAUAGCUGACAUUGUGGGAAUUCCACCCGGCAUUUGCAAUCACAAAAUUCAACUUGAUAGUGAAUAUAGCAAGUGGGUGAGUCCGGUACAAUGUGUACCAAAAAAUGGAGGCAUCACAAUAGUCCCAAAUGAAAAGAGGGAGCUUGUUUCUAUGAGACCGGUAACCGAAUGGCGAGUAUGCAUGGACUACCGGAAGUUAAAUUCUUGGACUGAAAAAGAUCACUUUCCCAUGCCUUUUAUGGAUCAAAUGCUCGAUCGACUUUCAGAGAGAGAAUGGUAUUGCUUUUUGGAUGGGUCUUCAGGAUAUAAUCAAAUCUCUAUUGCUAUGGAGGAGCAAGAUAAAACCACUUUCACUUGCCCAUAUGGAAAUUUUUCUUUCAAAAGGAUGCCAUUCAGGUUGUGUAAUCCACCAACAAUGUUUUAA